AUGAUCAUCUACCGGGACAUCAUCAGCCAUGGCGAGCUGUUCUCCGACAUCUACAAGAUCCGGGAGAUCGAGGAUGGGCUGUGCCUGGAGGUGGAGGGCAAGAUGAUCAGUAGAACAGAGGGUAACAUCGAUGACUCUCUCAUUGGUGGGAAUGCUUCCGCCGAAGGCCCAGAGAGCGAAGGUACCGAAAGCACAGUAGUCACUGGUGUUGACAUUGUCAUGAACCACCACUUACAAGAAACCAGCUUCACAAAAGAGGCCUACAAAAAGUACAUCAAAGAUUACAUGAAAUCACUCAAAGGCAAACUUGAAGAACAGAAACCAGAAAGAGUAAAGACUUUUAUGACUGGGGCUGCAGAGCAAAUUAAGCACAUCCUUGCUAAUUUCAAUAACUACCAGUUUUUUAUUGGUGAGAACAUGAGUCCAGAUGGCAUGGUUGCUCUCCUGGACUACCGCGAAGAUGGUGUGACUCCAUACAUGAUUUUCUUCAAGGAUGGCUUAGAGAUGGAGAAAUGUUCACAAAUUGGAUCUAUCACCUGUCACCAUAACCUUCCCAUCCAUACAACACCAGGACUUAGGACAAAUGGGACUGAUGUCACCUUGAGCUCUUAUUUUGACCAUGAUUUAUCUGGAUUUUUAACUGCCCAUAUACUCGUGGAGUGUGACCUUCUGGAGUACGGCCAACCUACCAAGGGCCUCAUCUUUGAGAAUGACUCUCACCAGCACCAGAGAGACCACAGCUUAAACAGCAGUGGAGUGGCAACGCUCAGGUCUUUACAACAGCAGAGCCGUAUGAGCGAAAGUAGCGUGGUUGAAGUGGGGCCUGAGAAAGCAAAGCUCCCGUGGUCAGGGGAGAUGAGUGUGCAGCCCUGUGUGAAAGAUCUGCUGGUUCUGCCUCUCCUCCUCGGCUCCGCGCUGACGGAACACGCCCAGUCCCCUCUCCUCGUGCUUUGA